AUGAACUAUGGAUUUUGCAUCCCCAACAACCCCACCGACUAUCGCGUUGUUAAGCUAGGAGUCAAGUCUGACAGCCCACUCGGCCAGGCUAAAGCUCGUCAAAUUGAGCUGUUUCCAGAGGCAGCCAAAAACACUGAUGAUCACUACUACAUCUUUAACUUGUUUUAUCCACUGCUGGAUCCAAAUGGCCCCAUGGAACACUCGAUUAUUUCGCCAGCUUUGUUCAAUGCUUUGACAGUGAUGGAGGCAAAUGAACGUGAGCGCAAGAAGAUUGAAAUCACUGACUCAAGUAUCUCUAUCCAGAAAGGCUAUGGCAAUAACCGUAGUACUCUCGCAGCAUUGGCCCAAGUCUGUCUGGAACUCAUGUCUCACAUUAAUCAGCUCCAGGUCACGGGCAGGGAUCUACAGUCGCAACCAGGAAACUUGAAGCAAAGCUUUGCACAGAUAUACCGGAACAGUCUGUCCACAAUAGACAAGACUGCUUUGAUUAUCGCGACUUGGGCUAUGACACGGGCUCGAGAACAGGAGCGCAGCGAAAGUCGGGAUGAUACGGAGGCUUUACUGAAUGAGUACUUGACCAAGAUCCCGGCUGGCUAUUUCUCUGAUGAGACUCUGGCCCAGAUCCGCACGCAUGUAUUAGAAAGACAGUCCAUUAUUCCAAAGAAUGGUGAACUGUUCAGACUGCAGGAACUUUUUACGUUGCUACCGACAGAGCUUAGAGGUCCGGCCCAAAAAUACUUGGCUCGCUUGUUGACGCCGCUAGAACUCGGCCCUGAUUUCCUGUUUGCUCUUGUGAUCUGUUUCUUUGUUGCUACUGCUCAUACAACCGAACUGCGGUCGAAACUUCCAUCGCGUCUAACACGAUGGAUGGACUUUUUAGUUGAGGAAUACUCGCUCGAGGUUGGAAAUGUACCGGAAUCCCCGGCGAGGCAAGCUUUGAGACAGCUGUCCAAUGGCAGACAGGAAAUUAUUGCAGCUGGUGCCGAUGAUGGAGUUACCUGGCUCACUUUCAACAGCGAAUGGCUUGAUGUACAAUGGCUGCAAUGGGCAUGUUCAGUGGCAGAGGGAGAGCGGGUGCUGAUUCCCUUCGACCCACUCCAAGUGCUGGUGAACGAUGAACCGGCAAUGGUGAAACAGGCAGUCUUGUAUGUACCGCAAGAGUAA